AUGGUAUUUGGAAUAUCAAUCGGCUCGACAACCCUAUCGAACGCAGUUGUCGCUUCGGGGCGUGCCCAACUGGUAGCAAACGCGGACGGACACCACAGGCCCCGAGCUGUCGUGGCAAAAGUGGAGAACGAGUUUUGCGUUGGAACUGCCGCGCUCAGUGCCAGAAAUACUCCCCUCUUCAAGAAUAUUCUCAAGGAAUUUAUACAAAAUGGGCCAACUCACAUGAUUCAGUGUCAGGGAAAAGAUCUGCGAGUGGACGUCUGCCUAGCUGCCUUAAUCCGCGAAUGCAUCGCAACCUGCCGAAAUUUCAAUACAUCGGCAGAAAACGUCAGCCUUGUCAUUCCCGAUGAGUUCAGCGAAGAGCAGGAAAAGCAGUUCGUGAAGAUAUUCGAAACAGUUUCCGAAAUGAAAGUGAACAGAGCGAUUAGACGGUCGGCCGCUGCCCUGGUCGCUGCCAGACAGAAUGGAUCACUGGAAGAGCAGGAGAUUCAGAAAGGAUCGAAGAAUGUUUUGGUUGUCAGGAUUGGAGGGUUAACUACGACAGGAACUUUAUACCGAGAAACAAACGGGCUGUUAACAAAACUAAAGCAAAGUCACAAUCAAAGCGGAGCGGACGUCAUCGUCAAGCAUCUCACAGACUAUCUGGUGCGCGAAGCCAAUCGAAAAUUUCGCUGCGAUCUGAGCGAGUCCAAAAAAUCAAUGAACAAAGUCGAGCAAGAGGCCCGCCGAGCGAUUGAAGUGUUGAGCAACAAGGACUCCGUCAAUGUCCAAAUUGACUCGUGCUUCGAGGGCAUGGACUUUCAAAUGGUCGUCAAUAGAAGUCGAGUGACUGCGACGGCCCCUUACAAGCCAGUCUUGGAGGGAAUUUUUAGUGAUUUUGAAGGAGAAACUGUCGAUGAAGUUUUGAUGUGCGGAGGUGCUGCGAAAUCGCCUCCAUUCCAGAAAAUCGUGCAAGGAAAAUACCAAAACGUUAUUGCGCUGCCAAACGCGGAAGAACUCAUUCCCCUCGGCGCUGCAAUCCAAUGCCACAUCACAUCGAGUGGGAACAAGCUGUCCAUCAACGAAAUUCCGCGCAAAAUCGCCCUCUCUUCCUUCUCCCUUCGCAACGGUUCCGAAACUGUGAUCGAAAAGGGAACGCCACUGCCAUUUUCGUUCACGACGAACAGCGAGAGCAGCUUCACUAUCCCCGAGCUCGGCGAAGACGUCAUCUUCUCCUCCGACGGUCAUGUGACUGGGAAUCUUAACGAAAAAGGACUCUUCUUUACCUCCGGCGAAAAGAGUUUCGAGCUGCUCUUCUGA